GUUCGAGCACCGGAGAAGAUCUGGGUGCCAGCGCGUCUCCAAAUUAACUGUCCGUCUGCCUCAAAUGAUCUCAAAGCGACAAGUUUCACUUUCCACAGGCGGAUGGGUGACUUUCCGCAGAGCUUUGUGAGGAGAAGAGGAUGAAGAAUUUCAGCAGCAGUACCCCUCACAGCCAUAGCCAGACUCCCAACCACAUCAGAGAGCGAAACAGCAGAAAGUACAGCUUACUCUCUCUUUUACCUUUGCGAUUUUCCCUCCGAGGUUAUGGGUUCUGCAUGGCUGCGCUGUUUCUCUUCUGUUUCGGCUCCCUUUUUUACCAGCUGAACGGAGGACCUCCUAAAAUCCUGAUAGACAUCAGACAGUAUCUCGGUGGAUCCACAUAUCUGGAUGACCACGGACAGCCUGCUCCCAGAGUGCUCCCAUUCCCAAGCCAGGUGAUUUAUAAUCGUGUGGGGAAGUGCGGCAGCCGGACGGUGGUCAUCUUACUGAGGUUACUCGCUGAGAAACACCAGUUUAACCUGGUCUCCUCUGACAUCCACAAUAAAACACGCCUUACUAAGCAUGAGCAGGUGGACCUCAUGAAGAACAUCAGUAGUAUCCCCCAGCCAUUCCUCUAUACCCGCCAUGUUCACUUCCUCAACUUUACAAGGUUCAGGAUAGAGCAGCCUGUGUAUAUCAAUAUAAUCCGGGACCCCAUCAAUCGCUUCCUCUCCAACUAUUUCUUCCGUCGCUUUGGUGACUGGAGGGGCGAGCAGAACCACCUAAUCCGAACUCCAGGGAUGAAAGAUGAUGAGAGAUACCUGGAUAUUAAUGUGUGCAUCCUAGAGAAUUACCCUGAGUGCUCCAACCCUAGGGUUUUCUAUAUCAUUCCCUACUUCUGUGGACAGCAUCCUCAGUGCAGAGAGCCGGGCGUAUGGGCUUUGGAGAGGGCCAAACAGAAUGUGCUGGAGAACUACCUCCUUGUUGGUAUCUUGGAGGAGCUCGAGGAUGUUCUGCUCCUAUUGGAGAGGCUCUUACCUCAUUAUUUUACUGGAGUACUCAACAUCUACAAAAGCCCUGAUUAUAGGAAAAUGGGGAACAUGACGGGCACUGUGCGUAAACAAACACCCACUUUGGAGGCCCUGCAGGUGCUGUAUCACCGCAUGCGCUACGAGUACGAGUUCUACAAUUUUGUCCGUGACCAGUUCCACCUCACAAAGAAAAAAAUUGGCCUAAAGUCUGUAUCCAAACCCCCCGCCUAUUCAAAUGAUUUCCUGCGAGAACUGGCCCUUCGAACUCCAGAACCUCUGGAUGAAGACGAGGAGCUGGAAACGGACCUGGAGGAUGCAAAUAGCUGGCUGGUUCAUCCCUAAGGGAUGCUUGAUGAACAGUGGAUGCACCCAUAUAAAGGCUGCUUGGCUGGGAUUGGCUGAGGACAAAGGGGAGUGUUCGCCAUCUUUCAGCAUUGUCAGGAGACGUGAGGUGGGACUCCUAACAUGACAGGCUCAGCACUGAAGACUGUAGGGUUGAGUGAUUGGAUGGACAAAAAUGCUCUAUUUAUAAAUUGACCAAGGGCAAUGGGAAAUAAUAUUAAACUCAAUCUGCUUGACUCGUUUUCUUUUGUAAUUUGAGCUUGUUUUUGGGUUAAAAACCAUAUUGUCACUGUAAUCUCCAGGAGAGGUUAGUGCAACAUUUGGACAGCUAAAUGUGAUUGGAAACAUGCUAAAUGUUGUUGCCAGGUUGUUUACUGUAGGAGGGGAAUUAAUGGCAACGCCCAAGACAUGUUCCUACAUUAUGAGAGGGUUGAUGUCCUAAAAACUGGAUGUGGUUGUGAAUUUUUAAAGUGCCAUAAGCCUUUUAGGUAUAUUAGUCUUCCAGGGCUGUUGUCAAACCUCAUGAAGGGUUCUGGAAUCUGUGGCAGGAACGUCUGUGCACAGUUGGCAGACUUGUGACAUAGUUCAUUUGUUAUAGUAUUGGUUUAUAACAUUUUGUGUCAUUUGUAAACUACUAUUACAGUAGGUGUAAAUGAGGGUUAAACUGUAAGCACUCAAAUAUGAAUUCAGAGAAUUCCAAAUGUGUGCAUGAAUGAUUGAGUUUGACCAAACAAGCUGUGUAUUUUAGCAAAGAUAUUUGACAGGCUACUGAGUUAAAAGCUAAAAGCCUUUAUGAAACCUGCACUCCCCUCCAAAUGUAUUGGAACAGUGAGGCCAAUACCUUUAUUUUUGCUGUCAACUGAAAACAUUUGAGUUUGACAUUAAAAGAUGAAUAUGAGACAAAAGACCACAUCUCAGCUUUUAUUUCCAGGUAUUUACAUCUGAAUCUGAUACACAGUUCAGGAGAUAACACCUUUUGCUUGGAUUCACCCAUUUUUCUUGUGAGAAAAAUAUUGGAACAUGUGAUUGACGGGUGUGUUUUGUUGCCCAGGUGUGUCCUUUUACAUUGAUUAUUCAAACAAUAAACAGUGCUGAAUGAUUUGGGUUUUUCCUGUGUGGAUUAUACAUUUAUAGUUAAACCAGAGCACUGUUUAUGGGUGAAAAACAAGGAAUUGUGAAGCUGAGAGAGAAUGGAAAAUCAAUCAGAGCUAUUGCACAAACAUUGGCCAUAGCCAGUACAACCGAAUGCCCUGAAGAAAAUAGUCAUCACUGGUGAACUAAGUAACAGAUGUCAAACAGGUCGACCAAGAAUGGCAGAAACAUUGUAAGUGCUGUAAAGAAAGACCCUAAAACACCUGUUAGUGACAUCAGCAACAACCUCCAGAGGGCAGGAGUGAAAGUAGCACAAUCUACUGUUCACAGAAGACUUCAUGAACAAAAGUACAAAGGCUUCAUCAGAAGAUGCAAACCACUAAUUAGCAAGAAGAAGGUAGGUCAGGAAGGUCAGGCUGGAAUUUGCUAAAAAAAAAAAAAAAAAAAUACAGAGGCAAGCCUCAGAAACUCUGGGACAAAGUUUAUAGACCGAUGAGACAAAGAUGAACUUUUACCAAGGUGAUGAAAAGGCUAAAGUUUGGCAAGCUGCCACACUGCCAAAGCUACAGAGGAGCUCAUCAGGGGCAAGAAGUGGAAGGUUUUAGACCAGCCUAGUCAAUCUCCAGACUUAACCCUACAGAGCAUUUUACCUGCUAAAGAGGAGACUGAAGGGAGUAACCCCCCCAAUACAAACUGAAAAACAUCUGAAAACCUGGAAAAGCAUCACAAUAGAAGAAUGCAAAAGUUUAGUGAUGUCAGUGGGUUACAGGCUUGAUGCAGUUAAUGCAAGCAAAGGAUCUGCAACUAAAUAUUAAAACAGAUUAAAGUGAAUAAGACUCAAGUUUUUCUGUUCCGACAAAAGGUGCUAUCUUCUGAACUGUGUAUAAGAUCCGGAUUUA